CAGCAACAACAGCUGCACAGCAGCAACAUCAACAGCAACCAGCAGCAGCAACAGCAGCAACAACAACUCUUAGGCAAGCCCAGCCCAAACAGCACGCUGCUCAACACGCUGCUCGGCCCGAGUGCUGUCCAAUUGGGCGGCGCCGGUGGUGCUGCCAUGCCGCUGCCCGCCGGUGGUGCGGCCAUCAAUCAGCUGGGCGGACUGGCCGGCCUGGGCAGCAGCACGGCGAGCGCGCCGGCAGCAGCCAAUGGCAUCGGGAUGGGCAUGGGCAUGGGGCAUGGCAUGGGACAUGGCAUGGGUCACGGCAUGGGUCACGGCAUGGGACACGGUAUGGGACAUGGCGCCGGACAAGGACACGCGCUUGGACAUCAGCUAGCGGGUCUGGCUAAUUUGGGCAUCAUUGUGGGCGCCAAAGGCAUGCCGGGCAUGCAGGGCAGCCUGGGCGGCUACGGGGGCAACAUGCUGAACUCUGGCGCCGCAGGAGGCGCGGGUGCUGGCGGAGCAGGAGCGGCAGCAGGAGGCGCUGUUGCCAACGGCGGUGGCGGCAGCGGCGGCAUGGAUAUGCAGAAUCAAUACGAACAUUUCAUCUCGGAGCACACAGUCAUGGCCGUUUUCACAUCGCAGGGCCAGGUGGGAGGCCCCUGUCGCUAUAUGCCUGCCACACGGCGCCAGAAUCAUCAGUGCCGGAAGGAGACGGGCCUGCCGGCCACAUUAAGCGAGGCACGACGCUUGGCCACCACCCACUGUGAGGAUCAGUUCCGUUACGAUCGCUGGAACUGUUCGAUCGAGACGCGCGGCAAACGCAACAUAUUCAAGAAACUCUACAAGGAAACGGCCUUUGUGCAUGCGCUCACAGCGGCAGCCAUGACCCACUCGGUGGCACGCGCCUGCGCCGAGGGCCGGAUGACCAAGUGCAGCUGCGGGCCGAGCAAACAGAACCGCAUGGACCAGGACUUUCAGUGGGGCGGAUGCAACGACAAUCUGAAGCACGGCAAGCGCGUCACGCGCAAGUUCCUCGACUUGCGCGGCGGCGAUGGGGACGAGGUCACUGAGAUAUUGCGACAUGACUCUGAGGUUGGCAUUGAGGCCGUCUCCACGCUGAUGAUGGACAAGUGCAAGUGCCACGGUGUCUCCGGCUCCUGUUCGAUGAAGACCUGCUGGAAGAAGAUGGCUGACUUCAAUGCCACGGCCACGCUGCUGCGCCAGAAGUACAACCAGGCCAUACGGAAGGCACCCAACCAGCGCACCAUGCGCCAGGCCCCAUCGAGUCGCAUGAAAAAGCCCAAACAGCGACGCAAGAAACAGGAGCAAUCGCAAUACACAACGCUGUAUUAUUUGGACUCCUCGCCCACCUACUGCUCGGUGACCAAGGAUCGCCAGUGUCUGCAUCCCGAUAACUGUGCGAAUUUGUGCUGUGGGCGUGGCUAUACCACACGCGUCUUUAAACAGGUGGAGAACUGUCGCUGCCGAUUCAGCAAUGGCCUGUGCUGCCAGCUGAUCUGUGACUAUUGUCAGCGCUUCGAGGACAAAUACUUUUGUAAAUAAGUGGGCAAGCCCCACCAAUGAUUUCCUUUCGAGCACUGUAUCUCUGUAACCCUCUCUCUCUCAUUCUCUCUCUAUCCAUCUCACUAAAGAUCUGUCUCUAUCGAAGGAUCACGCUCUCUUUGUACUUUUUAAUUGUAAUUUGUAAAGUUUUUUUUUUCUCAUUUUUUGCUUGUAUUUUGUUCCAUUCCUAACUUGAAAUCAACUUUGAUGAAAAUGAUAAGCAAACACGAAAACGAUAUGAGAAAAGGAUAGAAAUGCCAACAACACAAACAAGAAUCACUACACAACAUUUUCU